CCAGCUGAUCCUCCUCCUGGGAGCAGGAAUAAAAGGCUGGCACUGCUGGCAGUCCUGGCAGGCAGCAGCUCCAGUUGCUCUGGCACAUCUUGCUGUGGACUGCGAGAUGGGAAGGUCAAUGCUCUUCCUUGGCUUCCUUCUUGCUCUCCUUGGCCUGGCUCUGCCAGGCACCCAGGGAAAGAUAAUUUCCAGGUGUGAGAUGGUGAGGAUCCUGCGUAGGAAUGGCUUUCAGGGCUUUGAGGGCACAACUGUUGCUGACUGGAUGUGCCUGGUGAAACAUGAGAGUGAUUAUAACACGAGCGCAUACAAUGACAACGGCCCAAGCAGGGACUAUGGAAUCUUUCAGAUCAACAGCAAGUACUGGUGCAAUGAUGGCAGGACUGCUGGGGCCACCAAUGGCUGCCACAUCAGCUGCUCCAAGCUGCGGGAUGAUAACAUUGAGGAUGAUAUUCGGUGUGCCAAGAAGAUUGCUCGGGAGGCUCAUGGCCUCAGUCCCUGGAAUGGCUGGAAAAACCAUUGCCGGGGCAGAGACCUGAGUUCCUAUGUCAGAGGUUGCUAAAUGGCUCCACAGGUGUUGAUCAUUUCCUCAGGAUCACCAGAGAUGGAGAAUGACACCUUGGGAGAGGAGGCCAGGGAAAGGGCUGGGUGUGGGAAUUAAAAGCAGUAUAUUAUUAACACACAGUGGUUUUAGUGGCUACUGCUGCAAUGCAAACAGAGAACUCACAGCUUGUAGCUUAACUUAAUAAAAACAAGGCUUAGCAACAGGCCCUACAGGUGGAGUUUUAGCCUUUAUUUACUUGCAUGAUUUUGUUGCCCUGACUAACAGGGUUUAGCAAUAUUUAGGGAUUCUCUCUCUUUUGGUAUUUUUCUCUGUUCUCCUUCACCCCUCCUUUCAUCCUCUUCUUCCUCCCCUUUAUUUUUUUGCCAAUCCUUACUGGAGUGUCUGUAGUGAGAAAACACAAAAAUUUAAUGAACACUGGGUAAGAUGUGCAGAAUUAUGUUGCUUUAUGACUGGGACAUUGAUGGAGGUGGGGACAGAGAGAGAUAAAGAUGCUGGAACAUGACAUUGCUCCUAAAUUUAUCUGAGCAUCUGCUCCUGGCUGGUAUGAGGGAUAGGGCACCAAGACAUUGGGCAUCUGGCCUGAGUGAAUAAUUAUUCUUUUAGGAAGCCAAGCAAACACAGCAGGCAGCAUCUCUGUGAUGAAACUAUAGGUUGGAAAGGGAAAUGUUUUGCUGUUUAGUUUACAAGUCCUUUUUCCAAAGCUGAAUUCAGAAACAGUGCAUGAAUGCAAGGUGAUAACUCUGUAAAAACACGUUGGAUUCUUCAUGUGCUUCCUGCUGCUGCUAGGGGAGCAGUGACUUCUUUGGUGCUUCUGCAAUAAAAGGAUGCUUAAA